UCUCACUUGGCCUUCCUUUCCCAUUUUCUGAACCUGUAGAAGAAUCACAAACAAAACCUCAGGAAUUUUCGUUGGCUCUAUCGAUUAUCAAUCUCUAUCCAACAAAAUUACAUCUUUUUCUCCUCCCAUAUGAUGGUUCUUUAAAAUACAGUGUAUCUCGUUUUGAGAUGAAAUGAUUAACUCGUUUAGUGCCAUUUCAGGACUUCAAGAAGAGAUUCUGGAAUGGUGACCUCAAUUUCUACAUCUUAAGAGUUCGAAGUACAGGACUUAUCAUUCAUUUCCCACUAGUCCUUCUUGUUGGAGGAUGCGAAAUCGCAGUUGGAAAAAUCAUUUUAAACCACCAUGGAAUUAUAGGGUUUAAAUGGAUGCAACUGCUAGGUCUGCAUGUCAGCGUGUCAGCAUUGACUUGUCCGUUGAUGGUAUUGGUGAUAGUGAUUCUGGUGAGGGUAAUAGGAGAAGUGUUGAAGAUAAUGAAGUGAACAUAGACGCCGAUAAUAACCAUGGAAGUACAUCUGGUGGUGCUGAACUUGACACUAGAAAUGAUAAUACUCGAGAAGUGAGUUGGGUGGAAUUGCAUAAAGGUUUAGAAGAUCUGACUGAGAAAGAAGUUUUUGGCCUGAAAUUUGACUCUGACGAAGAAGCAGGAAUUUUCUAUGAGACUUAUGCCAACCUUAAUGGGUUUACUGUUCGAAAGGUUGAUACGAAACGUAAGAAUAAUGUGAUAAGAUAUACGAGAUGGGUUUGUUCAAGAGAAGGUUUUUCAGAGAACAGGUGGGCAAAUAACUUGGAUGGGAAACGUGAUCCUAAAUCUGUAACCAGAAUUGGUUGUCUAGCAAGCUUUCGGAUCAAACAUGAUUUUAAAUCAGGCAAAUAUGUUGUUACGGGGUUUAUUAAAGAGCACAAUCAUGAAUUGAUGGCUCCAAGAGUUUUACCCUGUCUGCAGCCAAAGAAGCGUGCACGUAGAGUAGCUGGAGAUGUUGGGUUCACUAGAAAAGAUAGAGAACGUGCUUCAAUGAGCUCCGACAUUGCUGAUGGUGACACUCGGUGUGUUUUAACUCAGUGUGUCUUAGCUUGGUUAUGUGCUAAGAGUGACUAUGAUCCAGGAUUGUUCUAUAAGUACGAUGUUGAUGAAGAAAAUAAAUUAUGCCGGAUAUUUUGGGCAGACUCAAAGUCUAGAGCAGAUUAUGCCUUCUUUGGUGAUGUUUUGGCAUUGAAUACAAAAUUUAGAAAAAAUGCUUAUGGAAAACCCUUUAUUAUUCUUGCGGGGCUGAAUAAUCAUGAUCAGACAAUUGUUUUUGCUUGUGCAUUAUUGGGAGAUGAAACAGCUGAGACCUAUGUAUGGCUCCUGGAAACAUUUUUGGAGGCAAUGAAUGACAAGGCACCUGUUUCAGUUAUUACAGAUGGUAGCAAAGCUAUAGAAGAAGCACUUGAGAAAACGUUCCCCAUGUCUAAGCAUCGUAUAUGCCGUUGGCACCUACAUAAAGAUGCUGUUUCUAAUGCUAGUGACUCAUCUUUUGGACCUGAUUUCAAGAAAUGCAUGGAGGAGAAUUGGAGUCCAGAACAAUUUGAGGUGGCUUGGAUGGAAUUGCUGGAGAAAUAUGGGCUUCAAGGCCAUCCAUGGUUCGAAGAGACUUACUCCAGACGUACAAAAUGGGCAGAGGCUUACUUAAGAGAGCAUUUCUUUGCUGGUCUUAAUAGUAUUCUGGGCCAUGGAAUGAAUACCUAUUUCACCCGGUUCCUGAAAGUUCGGCUUAAGCUUCAUGAAUUUGUGCGGUAUUAUGAUAAGGCUCUUGUUUGUCUUCGUGAAGAAGAGGCAAAAGCAGACACUGAGUCAGAGAGCACGUAUCCUGCUUUUUGCACUGUUUUGAGGGAUUUAGAGAUGCAUGCUGCUGAUGUCUUCACGAAAAGUAUCUUUUUCAAAGUUCGUGAACAAAUAAUGCGUGAUCCCAUGCUAAUUUUGAGCAGCAAAGAGUACCUCGAUGAUGAGGCCUGCUGGGUUUAUAGCUUUUCUGAAUAUACAAAACCUGACAUGGUAUGGAAAGUUCAUUAUCAUCCAUCUAAUCAACGCUUGACAUGCACCUGUUUCAAGUUAGUCACAGAUGGAGUGCCUUGUUGCCAUAUGAUCUCUGUGAUGAAAGCUGAACACCUGAGAGAAUUUCCUAGAUGUUGCAUUAAUAAAAGAUGGACCAAAUGUGCAAGGAGUAAAAUAGCCUCCAGCAUCGAUAUUCAAGCCUUAAACAUGGCCACACAAGUUGCACGCUUUCGAGUGUUGACUUCUGCGUGUAGUGAGAUGAAUUACUAUGCUUCUCAAACAGUGCAAGGUUUUAAUGAGACGCGGAAUCUCAUUUCUAAGAUGAUGUCUCAUGUAAAGCCAAUACACACUUCAAAGGGUGAUGUGGAUGAACCAGCACCAGAAGUGAGCCAAGAUGCUGAUGGCUCAAGCACAAGAUCUGGUAUGCAUGAUCCCAGAUCAACAAACUCCAAUGGCCAGUGUGACUCUAGUGCAGUGGGAACAUCCCGACCUGGCAAUUGGGGCCAGAGCAGGAGCACUAGUCAUGAUCAGUUUUUAUUCCAGCUACUGCAUCUUAAUCAUGGCUCUCAAAGACCUGAAGGUACUGGGACAACAGAGGAUGGAUUGAAAUGCAUACCCAAUGGAAACUUACCUGAAAUGCCAAGCCUGCCUCUGAACUUGAUGUGGGAAGAUAGUGAUUAAUUUCAUCCAAACACCUAUCAGAUUGAGUUAAAUCUGGAGGAAAGGAAGCAAAUUUUGAUUGGCACUGAAUGCUUGCAGUCCUUCUUAUUGGAUUCAUAGGUCAUUUAUACAUUGCUCCAAAUUUAAGGUGGUUAAGUGUAAUUUGUCCCUGCAGUUAUAUUGUUUUGGCCCCAAAGAAGAGGAUAUGUUGGAAAGAUCUCUUCGCACUGCUCGUCUGUGGAAGCAUUCUACAAGAAAUUAUUAUGUCAUCCUGUUUUGAGCCAAAAAGGAAGACUACAGCUGGGGAUAGACUUCAUCCCAGACAAAUAUGCCCGUAGGUUCUCAGACACAAAUACAUUACUGCCUAUGUGGUUUUUGGUAGUGAGAAUGUGUGCAACUUCUUUGCAGAUUGUACAAACUAUAGAGGAGUUCAAGUUGACUUGACUUUGUUCACUUUGUCACCCAACUUUCUUCCAUCAAGGCAAGCUGGAUGGCGAAUCUUAGAAGAAGUUGGUCUUGUUUCCUAUGGCUUUCCACAUAUAUUUUGUCUUCAACUUCUUAGAUACUUUCUGAGGCUGAAUGGUUAUGUACCUAACCACUGACUGACCCUGAGGCUAAGCUUGUAAUAUCCUAAAUUAGUCAAAUUGCUCCAGUUGUGUUGUUUUGGCCCUCUGUA